AUGGCCCCGGCGCUGAAGAAGCCAGCCGCCGUGCAGGCUGAGGUCGCCCUCCUGCACUCGCUGAAGAACUGUCUCGUCAACCUGCCCGCUCCGCUGGUCUCGGUGCUUGUGAAUGCGAACACCGUCGCGCAGAAUGUCGUCGUCGAACUCAGCUGCCGCCAGGCGAUCCCCGAGAACCCUGCGACGGCCAAUGGCGCCAGAUCAGCCCAGCGCUCCGUCUUCCUCGGAUGGACGGGAAUGCAGGCCCAGAGCAAACCCACUCCUGUUGUCGGCAGAGAUGGUCUUGCAGGGAGCAGAGGGUCCUCUGUCGGCAGAGAGCAGGAUGUCGCUGUUGUCGAGCUGGAUGCCACCUUCGGCCGCCUGCUAGGACUUGGCAAUGGCCAGAAGGUUGGCAUCUUGUUACAUCUGGACCCCCCACAAGCCCAUACCAUAAACAUUGAGCCCUUGACGCCUGCCGACUGGGAAAUGAUCGAACUCCAUGCCCAAUUCUUGGAGCUUAAUUUCUUGUCCCAGGUCCGCGCUUUGCCUAACCCCGCCUUCGCACCGUCUUCCGAAGCCGACAAGCAGCCCGCGCAUCCUCUUACUCUCCAUCUAUCCCCGACCUCUACCGCCAACAUAAUAGUAACCUCGCUGAAUCCCACUCCUCCGCCUGCGUCCCCGUUUGUAAAGAUAUCGCCCGAUGCCGAAGUAAUCGUCGCGCCCAAAACCCGUCAGAAGCUCGGCCGUGGAGACAGCAGAAGCGUUGCAAGCACCAGUCGCAAGAGCCAGGGUGGGCGGAGCUCAGCCAGUACCGUCAGGCGGAGGAGCAGAAGAGAUGAUGCUAGCAGCCGCGGUGCUGUUUUCCUGCGUGGCGUCGACCGUGCCCUGGGUGGUGAUUGGUUCGACGACCUGGAGGAGAACAUGCAAAAUGCUGGGCUAAAGGUGUGGGUCGACCGUGAUAUUCUCCUUCUCAAAGCUCUGCGCGGCGUGACUUGGGUCUAUGUUUCCAUUGUCAAGCCGACCGGAAUCCAAGAGCCUGCCGACCCCCAGAAAGAAGCCGAGACCGAAAAACCCGGGGCUAAGAUUGUGGCGCGCUUGGAUGCUUGGGACGAUGCCCCGGAUAGCCAGCAUGCGGCCAUUUCUACGACGCUGUGCAAGGCACUUGGAGCGGAUGGGCUUCUCGGUGGCCUGGUUCGCAUAGAAGCCGCGCCUCCGCAAGCUCACAAAUCAUCUCUCCUGAAGGCCACUCCGGUCAAGGCCCUGAAGAUCUUCCCUUUUGCAUCGGCUGCGAUUCCGCCAAGUGCGGGACUGAAGUUUGGCGGUGAAUCAAAGCAGGAAAAAGAGGAGGCCGCACGCAACAUCAGAGAACUUUACGGUCAAGACCGCGCCAAUGCUAUUCUUGAUGGCCCACUGACAUGUGGCAUGGUGUUACCUCCUGUCGAGGGGAGGGAAUAUCAGUGGGCGGGCGCAAUUCUUCGAUUUGACCCGCCCUCUAGCACUCUGCCCGAGUCCGCUAAGUCUCCAGCCUGGUUUCUGGGGGCGGAGAAGAAAGGAAUCCCGCUUGAGGUUGAGACAGAUAUCAGCAAGCCACCAAACGCGCUGCAGAGCUGGUCACCGGGUGAAGCUCUUCCUUCAAUUUCGCCAACUCUUGUCGGUAUAGAUCAGCUCAUUCAUCAACUCAUGUCCCAUCUCACCCAUUCAUCGUCGGUUCUCUUGACAGGCGGGCUUGGCGCCGGCAAGACUGGCCUUGCACAACUCCUGGCACAUCGUUUGCGAAACGAAUACCUUUUCCACGCUGCUUACUUCCCCUGCCGCUCGCUCGUUACAGAUGAGACGCGCGUGUCAACCAUCAAAGAGACGUUGGGCAGGCUGUUUGCUGCAGCUGCUUGGGGUGCUAGACUAGGAGGACAGUCCGUGGUCAUUCUUGAUGAUCUCGACAAACUAUGUCCGGUUGAAACGGAACUUCAGGUAGGAGGCGAAAAUGGAAGGAGCAGGCACAUCAGUGAGAGCAUAUGCUCCAUCGUCAAGCAGUACUGUUCAAUGGACUCAAGGGUAGUUCUCCUAGCCACAGGCCAAAGCAAAGAAGCAGUUCACAACGUGAUUAUCGGCGGCCACGUUGUACGAGAAAUUGUUUCUCUCAAAGCACCGAACAAAGACGGCAGAAGGAGAGUGCUCGAGAAGCUAGUUCUCCCAGACAUUGGGGCAAACAGUUCUCCGUCAAAGCUGAACGGGGCAGGCGGUCAUCACCCAUCAGCUUCGAAUGGAAACAACUGGAUGGACGGCUCCGUAUCCGGAGGCAGCCGACCUAGCACAUCCCACAAGGGAGCUGAAGACACAUUCCUUGUCGACCCGAACAUCGAUUUCUUGGAUCUCGCCGGUCAAACCGAUGGCUAUAUGCCAGGCGAUCUCGUCCUGCUCGUAUCACGAGCAAGAAGCGAAGCACUGAUCCGCUCUGUCAGUGAUACUUCCCCUACAUCAUCCGAUGCAGUCACUCUCACCCAGGACGACUUCUCCCGCGCCCUCGAUGGAUUCACGCCAGCAUCGCUCCGCAACGUGACCCUCCAAUCCAGCACCACGCGCUGGGACUCAAUCGGCGGUCUACACGCAACCCGUCAAACCCUCCUCGAAACCCUACAAUACCCCACCACUUACGCCCCUAUUUUCGCACAAUGCCCCCUACGCCUGCGCUCCGGUCUCCUCCUCUACGGCUACCCAGGCUGCGGAAAGACCCUCCUCGCCUCCGCCGUCGCCGGCGAGUGUGGGCUCAACUUCAUCAGCGUCAAGGGCCCGGAGAUCCUCAACAAGUACAUCGGCGCGUCCGAGAAGAGUGUGCGCGACCUGUUCGAGCGCGCCGAGGCGGCCAAGCCUUGCGUCCUCUUCUUCGACGAGUUCGACUCCAUCGCGCCGAAGCGCGGCCACGACAGCACCGGCGUGACGGACCGCGUCGUCAAUCAGUUGCUCACGCAGAUGGACGGCGCCGAAGGGCUGUCGGGCGUGUACAUCCUGGCUGCCACGUCGCGCCCGGACCUGAUCGACCCGGCGCUGCUGCGCCCGGGACGCCUGGACAAGAGCCUAAUCUGCGACAUGCCGAGCUUCGAGGAGCGCGUCGACGUCUUGAAGGCGGUGACCCGCAGCCUGCGCAUCUCUCCCGCCGUGCUGGACGACAGCAGCGAUGCGCAGACCAUCCGCGAGAUCGCCCGCCGCACCGAGGGCUACUCUGGCGCCGACCUGCAAGCCGUCGCGUACAACGCCCAGCUCGAAGCCAUCCACGACGUCCUCGGCGACGACGACCUGCUCGUCGAGGAUGAUGACAACGCCGCCGCGACGGGCGGCAAGCAGCAGACGAACGGUGUCAACAACAAAGGGGGGAAGAAGAACCGCGGCGCCGACAGGCUAGACUUCAUGCACUUCCGCUUCGGCGACCGUGAAGGAGAAGAGAAAGACAAGGAUGCUGCGACAAGCGGGCUGCAAAAGGCCGUGGCCCUCGGCGAACGCGCCCGCCUCGCCGCACGCAUACAGGAGAUGCAGGCGCUGAGACGGAAACAAAAAGAGAUCCAACAAGCUGCCGCCAUGCCUUCUCCGGAACUGAACAACAGCAACAACAACGACAAGAGCAAGGACGGCGCCGGAGGCGAAGGCGGCGGCGACGUCAAAGAAAGCAAGGAGCCCGUCAUCGAGUGGCGCCACUUCGAGUCCAGCCUCGCGACCACCCGCAGCUCCAUCUCCGACCAGGAGCGCCGCCGCCUCGCUGGUAUCUAUCGCGAGUUUGUUGUUGGCAGGAAUGGGGAGAUGCCGUCCGGGCAGGGUGGUACGGAGAUUGGGGGGAGGACUAGUCUGAUGUAG